GUUUUCUGUGUACCGAACAAAAAUUAUAACAAUUUUUAAUCGUCGUCAAACUCUAUCAUCCUUACAGUCUUUACAUAUUGUACAAUGACGUUCCCCGACAAACGCGAUAUAUAUACAGAAACGACCGAAAAUAUUAUUGUAGAAUUACAACCAAAAGGAAGGUUUAGGUUAAAAUUCGUUAUAGUUUUAAACUUUUGAAAUGUAUAACUGUUUAAAAAAAUCUCUAAAUAUAUGAAAUGUACACAGGCGCAGCGAAUUGAUGUAACAAUAUGUAUAAUAAUAAAUAUGAACGCUAAACUCAGCGUGUCAGUACAGUAACACGUAAAGCCAAAAGUGUAAGGCGUAAGUUAUAUAAUUGGAUUUAAUGUUGCUAAGAAAUCGAAUGUAGGCGCACAAACAACUGAUUUAAAAUAUAGACUUGAACUAAACAACUUGAGUAACUACGUCAACGGCUUAUAAAAUGUGGAAAAAGCCCCUAAAGCUUUUUUUGUAUAUUUCGAUUUAAUCUAUGAAACUUCCAUUCAAUGAUUCCUCGUUUAUUGUAUUAAUCUAUAUCGAGUGUCAAUAUCUUUUGGACGUAUAUUGUCACCUAACUUGAACCAAACCAAAAUACUAGACAAAAAUGAUGUCAACGUCAUCGUCUUAGUGAAAGUUUGAAGUAAGCUGCGAAACAUCAAACAUGUAAAAAACAAAGUCAGCAGCAGUUAGAACUAAAACUAUCUUUGUGUUUCGUAAAAACAAAAUAUUUUAAAAUGAGUAAACAAAAAUCUAAAGUUAAAAGUGAGAAAACACAAAAUUUCCUAAGUUCUAAAGUACAGAAAGAUGUCAAGAUCUAUGAAAUUUAUCGUUCAUGCCGCCUUUGUGGAGCUGGUACAGGUUACAAAAUGCCUAUCGUUCAAAAUAUUAUUCCAAUAGAAGAUACAGAAGUUGAUUUGAAAACAAAAAUACAGGAAUGUUUGCAGCUAGAGGUACAAGAAAAUGACAAGAUGCCACCCCUUAUUUGUGAAUUAUGUGCUGACAAAAUUAGUGAUUUCUAUGAUUUCCUGAUAAUGUGCAAACAGACAAACAAAAGGACUAGAAUGAGAUUAGGUUUACCAAUGCCAGUGAGUAGGAAAGAAGUGAUAGAUACCACAGAACCAAUUGUUAAAAUAGAAACAAAAGAAACAGAAAAGGGGUCAAUAAAGAAAGCAAAAGACAUGAAGGUGGCUGUAAAUGGAGUAAAAAAUGAGGUAGAUAAGAUAAAAAAAGAAUCGAGAGCAGAAAAAGAACUUCGUGACUUAAUCGCAUCAAACCCAGUUUUAUCUAUGUCACAGCGCUCACCAUAUAAUAGAACUAGAGAAGAUAGGAAGUCACCGAAAGAUUCACAGGUCAGACCUGGACCAGCUAGUUCUAAAUUUAAGAGGUUCAGAGAAAUUGUUUUUAACGAAGUGCAGAGUAAAAAAGUUAAAAUUGAAGAACCUCGUUCUAAACGCUUGUGUAGUGUCAAAGUCACUGACAAUUCUAAGACAAGUGACAUGCAGAAGUGUGACGUUUGUAAGAUACAAUUUCCAAAAGGAACAUCAUUCAACAAUCAUUAUAGGAUACACAAAAAAGUUGAAACUCUUGUUACUAAACCACAGAGAGAAACUCAAGAUAGUAAAGAUGAAACAAAUUUUGUCGGUAAAUGUAGAAAAUGCGGAAAAUUGUUUAAAGUACACAGGACAUUUGUAAAGCAUCAAGCAGCGUGUAGAGGAGGUAGGGUGAAAAUACCGUAUUCAGUAAGGAAAGGCAUGAAGCCAGUACAAGUGCGCAUGAUUCGAUGUGAUUCUUUACUAUGUAAAGAUGACAAUGGACAUUAUGACGUCUCGGAUGUACGAUGUCCCUACGGUCUGGAUAGAUCAUGUUUAUAUCCCUACAAUAAAAACAACUCGUUGCUACGUUGCAACAGAAUGGUGGAUAUAAAAUUCCCCGAAAUUCCUGAUGCUUUCGGCAUUAAUGAUGAUGUCGAAGAAUUCUUGCAUUGGGACUCAGAUAGCGAGAGCGAUCAUAAUAGAAAGGAAGUGGAAAGCCUGUCGACGCUCGCUAUAAAAGUAAUAUUCUCUGAUAACUUCCUUGGGAAAAUCCCAAGGAAGCGAAAGAAAGUGAAACCGUUUUAUGAAGAUUUUGGUUUAAAUAUUGAUAGGAUUAUAAGUAACUUAAGCGAAACAAAUGAGUCUCAAAGUAUUUUUGAUAACAUUAAGGAGAACUGGAGUGAUAAUGUUUCCGACUCUAUUUUGAGAAAUGAUAACGAAAGUGAUACAUUUAGCGUUAUUGGAGAUUUUAAUGAUGAUACUGGUAGCUAUACUGAUACAUUAAAUAAUGAAAUUAAUUAUAAAACUAACGAUUGUGAUGGACCAAGUACAAAAAAUGACACAAUUGAAACCAACAGGUUGGGAGAUAACCGAUCGUCCCAAAUUUGUAUGUUAGAAUUGAAUAAAAAACAUAAUUUGGCUAUUAUAGGAACGAAUACAAAUGAUUUGCCCGUGAACUGUAAUCGCAGUCCCGAAAUUACACCAAGUACAGAUAAUAAUAGUAUAAUAGAUACGCAAAAAUGUAGUAAUAAUACUGACGUGUCAGAAAAUACAUCUUGCAGUGAUCAACUCAAUUUUGAAAAGACUAAUAAUCACGUAGACAAUAUCAAUACAUUAAAAUCAGAAAUUGAACUGCUUGAAAUUCAAAUACUUAAUGAUAACGACGAAGAAGAUUGUGUUAAUAGAUGUACUGAAAAUAUAAAAAAUGAUGUUAUUUUUAAACAAGGUGCUAUAUCAAGUGAAAUUGAACCUAAUAUUAUUGCUGCUGAGAUAUCGAAAACAUGCGAAAGUUUAGUGGGAAGUAUUUGUAAUGAGACAGUGCCUCAUAAUCAAGACUGUGAAAUUGCGGUAGAAAAUAUUUCUACCGAACGAAGAACAGAUAGAAUUGGUGAAUAUAACGAAAACUGUGUUAAAGGAAAUGUAAACAAUGAUAAUAUAAAUGUAAACACAGAUACUAAUGAUAAAAAUACAGAUGUUUUCGUUAGUUGUACUACUAAUACUAAAAAUAUCAAUUUUAGUUUUCAGGCUAUGGAAGAUACAUUAAAGGAAAUCACGCCAAAUUUAAAUAGAACUAAUGAUUAUAAUAAAGAAUGCAUAAAUUAUAUAAAUAUUGAACCUGAAUCGUCCAGGCAGGAUUCUUUAAGCCUACCUCAUUACUUUAAUAUUAAUGGAAAAGAAAAUGUUCAAAACGAAACGCAAAAUAUGACGGACGUAAACAAAAUUGAGGAUACAACAAAAAGUGUCAAUUUUGAAGCAAACUCAAUGGAAAUAGAUAUUUAUAAUGAGCUGAUCGAAAAUAAUAUAUUGGGUGACGAAAUUGAUACAGUGCAUAGAACGGGACAUAAAAGUAAUGGUGUUGACAAAAUCAAUUCCAACGAUCUAGAAGACAUAAGUGAUGAUGAAAUUGAUAAUGAAAAAUCUAAUAUCACAUUAGAUUAUUUGUUGCCCGACAAAUCUAUGGAUUUAGACAGCAUAUCAGAUGGAGAGUUCACUUUAGAAGAUUGAUGUUUAUUGUUUUUGUUAAAACAAGAAGAAAGAAGGAUAACCAUAUUUGAAUUUAAACCACAUCUACUUCACAAUGAUAAUUCGAAAUGAAUGGAAACAAGAAUGGACCUUAUUGUGUCCGAGUGUAUUUUUGCUUGAAUUAUGUAAAGCUUUCACAGUAUAUCAAAUUUUUGAUACUUUAAUAUAUAAAUAUAUUAAAGUAUCAAAAAUUUUAAUAAUUCAAGCCUGGAAGUAAUCUGUUUUGUAAAUUGCUUGUGCUAUAUAAAAAAAAUUGGUAAUUUUAG